AACUACAUUUGCGUGAGAUCGCUGUACCAGCUGACGUUACCCACCUCACUUGCCGGAGGGGAGAACGCUUACAGACUGCUCCAUGUGUUGAGGUGAAAAAUCGCGUAGCAUUGUUGGAACAUUUUAUAUCCCCUUUCGUCAGCCAUGGAGACCUGUGGAGGUGCAGUGCUGAUUUCUCCCUCUAGGGGGCAGCAGAAGGAGCCGGCGGUUGCCCUGCAUACAGCCGAGGACUCCCUGAUUCAGGUGAUUGAGAAGCUGAGCAAGAUUGUGGAGCGACAGCGCCCUCGCAGGUUUUCCCUCUCGGGCAGGAAGCGACCCCGCUCGCCCUGUGGCCCCACGACGGUAAGAGAGGUCCAGGGGGGGUCCCUAAAGAAGCCCAAAGAUACAGAGGGUUGCCGGUCAGGAAAACCCACCCAGGAGCCUCCAGGAGACGUGGGGAUGGAGCUUGGGCGCUCUGGGGCAGCGAUGGCUGGUUUGGGGCCUCUGGAGCAGGCGUGGUUCUGCCAGGAGCGGUGCGGCACGUACCGAUGUCUGAUCUGCAGCUAUGUGUGCGGGCAGCAGCGCACCCUGAAGACCCACGCCUGGAAGCACGCCGGCCUGCUCAGCUGCUCCUACCCCGUGUUCCAGGACACGCCCCGGCCUGAGGACGCGCCCAAUCCAACGCCCCGUCCUGAGGACAUGCCCAAUCAGCCGCUCCGACCUGGGGCCGUGCCCAAUCCGCUGCCCCGGCCUGAGGACUCGGCCAAUCCGGCGCCCCGGCCUGAGACCAUGGCCCGUUCCUUGGUCCUGACGGCCGUCCCAGAGUUCGUUGUCACGGCGGAGACAGCGGUAGAGCUGCAGGUCACCGUGGAGACGGAUGUGGGUGUCGGGGGGGAUCGGGGAUCAGACAUCCUCCCCUCCUCAGAGCAGGUUACCCCCCACAGCGAUCUCGACAUGGCGGCCCGCCUCAGCGUGGUGGUGGAGGAUCUGCCAGAGAGGGGGGAGAUGCCCGGCGAACCGCUCCUGAGGCACCCUGACACGGAUGCCUGUGGCAGGGAGGAGGAAGAAGAGGAGGAGCAGGAGGCCUCAGUGGAGGAUGAGAAAGUUCUCCCAUCUCGCAGGAGAACGCCAUCUGAGUCCCUCCUCCUGCACUCGCUGGCUGCUGAGGCCCUUGUUUCCAUGCCGAUGAUAGCAGCCAAUCCAGCCAACCCCAGCGACAGGGACACUGGGACAGCGGUGACCACACCGCCCGCCCCGCCUACGCCCCCCUGCCCCACCGAGCCCCCGGCCAGGGAGGGCGUGGCCAAGAGCCCGGCGCAGGCGGGCAUCAGCCUAUCCCUGCUGAGCGUCAUCGAGAGGCUGCGGGAGCGGACCAAUGAGAGCGCCUCGGAUGAGGACAUUCUGAGGGAGCUGUGGCACGAUGCCCAGAGCCCGGGACGGGAGCAGGCCUGCCAACACGUCCCCCGCCACAGCCCGGACCCGGAGAACCAUGUGACCCAGCGCCGCAAGACCAGGGUGCACUGCUGCAAGCAGGGCCGUGAGAAACGGCUGGCGAAUGAUGAGAUGAACCAUCGCGGGUAUGAGGAAACCUUGGCAACGCCGGUGCCCGUCAUGGAAACCAUGGUGACCACAGACGGCUCACUGGAGAAGAAAGCUGUUCAGGAAACUUCUCUGAGUAUUUACCGGUGUGACGCUUGCGACUACACCAGCUCCUCGUCCGUCGGCGUGCGGAACCACCAGAGGAUCCACAGCACGGAGAAGCCAUACAGAUGCUGCACCUGCGAUUUUGCCACCACCAACAUGAAUAGCCUGAGGAGUCACAUGAGGAGCCACACACAGGACCAUCAGACUGUGCAGCUGCUGGAACAGUACAGGUGUGCGCUCUGCGGCUACGUGUGCAGCCACCCCCCGUCGCUGAAGUCGCACAUGUGGAAGCACGCCGGCGACCAGAAUUACAACUACGAGCAGGUGAACCGAGCCAUCGACGACGCCAUCUCGCAGAGCGGCCGGGCCCUGACUGUUCCUCAGAGUGCCAGCCCGGGGUCCGACCCCUGGGAGCCGGCCUGCGUUGCCAGGGACGACGCGGAGAAGGGCGUGCCGGACCGAGCGGUAGCCGAGGGCCCCCCGGGGGCGUCCUGGACCCCCGGCCCCCACCCGGCCUCGGGGCCGGAGUGCUGCGUGCUGUUCUGCUGCUGCGUCUGCGGGUUCCAGUCUCCCAGCAAGCAGCGGCUGCUGCAGCACAUGCAGGGCCACCAGGGCCAGGUCGUCAGCGUCAUCCUGAGCGCCCCCGCUGGCCACUGAGGGAACUGCGGUCACACCGCCUCAUCCUCCAAACCCCCGCUCAAACGGGGGAAAUUCACUCCUGAGAGACUCACCUUUGACCUCUCCAUCUGAAUUCCUGUGGGCUUUUUUUUUGGCCCGCUGUUUCCCCAUUUCGCUUACAGAACAAUUUUCACCGGGCCUAAAUUUCUCCGGAUAUGGCAUGGCCAUUCAUCACGGCUUUAUGCGUAUUUUUAUUUGUCCCAGAAGGAGCGUUAAGUGGCAGACAGUUGGUUCAAGGACAUCAAGUUUCAUAAAAGGAAACCUAAAAAAAAAAAGUCUUAAUAAAUUAAAGAAGAGCACAGGCAAUAAAGAAGCAUUGCCUACAGUGACAUAAUGUUCAUAACCCGGUUCCCUGCCGUUUGCUUAAAGCCAUUCAACACCUCAUUGGGUUCAGAAGCUCAGGUGCUGUGCUAUUACGCGCUAAAUGACCCUGCGUAUUAUGCACACUUUUGACAGCAGCUUUCUUUCUAAAAUUACUGUAAUAUAUUCAUAUUUUAUCAUUCAGGUUGAACCCCCUUUCACCUCACGAAGAUGUCGAGGAGCAGCAAACUAUGCGCCCACCGUGGGGUGCCUUCACUUUUAUAUUUAUUGAUUUUUACUUACGCAUGUGAUUUUCUGUACUUCCACACAUAAACCGAUAUGUACCAUGUGUUUUUAAAGGCCACUGUUCAGGUGGUGCUAUCGAAAUGUUUUUUAAGCUCAAUGACUUUCCUGUAUUCUUUAAGAGCACAACAAGUCCACAAACCUUUGCUACACCGUUAUUUAAAAGAGUAUUUAUAUAUUUAUGUAUAUCCAGUUUCAUAUGCUGUAGUGUUUCUGGUCACCAUACUGUCUGUCCAACAAGAAUGUUCUUUUGUCUUGUGGGCCAACAUACACUGAGGAAAUUGCUAUGGUUAAAUUGUCAUAGGAAUGCUGUAGAAAAUGUCUUAUUUAUUGAUUUUGGUAAAUAUCAGGGUUUGAUUUUGAUAAAUAUCAGGGUUUACUGACGUCUCUGGUGAACUGCACACCAUCUGGCAGAAAGGACAGAUCAUUAUAAUGCAUAGUUAACAAAAGGCCAGAUAUAAUUAUCACCUUGGAUCCAGUUGUUAUGUUCAGCAGUUAGAGGUGGAAGUAUUUUUUUCUGUCCUUGGAUUUUCCAAAUGCCUGCUGGUUUAAUUGUCCUCAAAUAACUAGUUUGAGCAAGUUUAUUUCUCAGUAAUUCAGAACAGUUUGAGCGUUGAGAAUUUUGCCAAAUGUUUGUUUUGUUCCAGGGUGAUCACAAUGUCACACGUAUGACCAAUACUUGUAUACUUUUUAAUGCUCCAGUGAUUGUUUGCUGCAAGAAAAACCCACAACAGUUGUCAAUCGGGCAAAGUAAUCGUUUUGCAAAUGCUGACAAUUAUCUGGGCAAUCCUUAAUCCAAAGUUUGCAAACUUUAGUCAGAUUUCAAAGUUAAAGCGCUAUGUUUGUGGGUACAGAACUUUUAUGUACUGUAUACAUGCAUACUCUUGUGCAGACUGUCUACCUUGCCUUAUAGCUGUAGAAAUCACUUUAAUAACUGCAAUAUUUCAUUGCCGUUGUUCGUAAGGUUUUUAUACUAGCUACCUCUUCCCAAAGCAGAGCUACAAUAUGCUGUUAUUUUUCACAGAUGAUUUAACAAGCGUACAUACUGUACUUGCCUAUUUUUCGAAACUUUAUUCUUGAACUAGUUUCCACUCAUUUUACUUUCGCCUUAAUGAAAGGGACUGAAAAUGAACAAAUCAUUUGGUGUGGUUUAAUUUAUGCGGUUUCCAGACGUGUUAAAAACAAGGCAUCAGAAAUCUAAUAAAUAAAUCUGCCUUUUGUAACAUGUCAGAUUACAGUUCUGUCUAAUUUACAAUUUACUUUUCAAGGCAGCAACUCAUCGACGCAGCAGACAUCUUUUAUUUGCUCGGCCUGGCUUUCAGACUGUUGUUAUAUGCAGCGUAUUUUCACCCUCUUCACGGUUAAUACCACGCCUUUGGCGUGAGAUGGUAGAUAUUCUUAACCUCCCCAGAUACCGUUUACACAUCGGCACUGUGUAUUAAACUGUAUUAGUGUCACACUCCAUGGUCCCAUUACCAUUUUCCAUGCUUAUUUUGGGAAUGCUUGUGAGAUGAUUUAAAGGCAGGUGUUUCUAGAAUAUGUGGAAUGGUUUUGUGUCAUGUUGGGUUUUUUUGUACAUGAAACGGGGGGAGGGAAAGCAUGUUGGUUUCGUUGAGGGUGAAGUUUGAGGUUUUUACGUCAUAGUUUUCCACCUGUUCUGUUGGAAAGGUAUUUGUCAAGCCCGGUCCUUGGGAUAAACGGUUUCAUUUUAUGCUGCGACUGAGCACUGGAAUAAUUACUUAAUGCUGUUUACUGAUGAACCGCGUCGGAACAAAACGAUCCGAGGACUCGGCAUGAACAAAGACCUCGAUACGCAUUUUCCUCUGGCUGAAGACUCAAGGUUAAAGAACACUGAAUCAAAAGACAGCUCUUUCAUAUAUCUGUGUGCUUGUCUGUGGAUGGUUUGGGAAAAGGCCUAAAAAAACCAUUUCUAUCCUAUUGAAAAUUUGUAAAUGUGCUUUUCACAGGGUUUAGUGGUCUUAGGGCAGGGAUAGUCAAAUCUGGCCCUUGCAUCCAAAUCCAGCCCUGGUGUCCUUUCCUUAUUAACUGAGCUGUUAGUCUCACUAAUCAGUAGCACUAUCUUCACACCUAACUCCCUUGUAAAGGGAGGGUAGAAAACCAGAAAUUCUCAGCCCUUGAGCACCAUGAUUUGAGGAACCGGGUGCUAUGUGUUUUCAAAAUCAACCAGUAAAUGGUUCGGCAUUUAUAUAGCGCUUUUAUCCAAAGCGCUGUAUAAUUGAUGCUUCUCAUUCGCCCAUUCAUACACACACUCACACUCCAACGGCUAUUGGCUGCCAUGCAAGGCAUCAACCAGCUCAUCAGGAGCAUUUCAGGGGUUAGGUGUUUUGCUCAGGGGCAAUUUGACACACCCAGGGCGACCCUCCGACUGCCAAUGACUGCUCUUGGCCAAUGUUGCUCCCUGUAGCUCAGUAACACCUUUUGUUCCUGACCAAUCGGUUGCUGAUUAAUUCAAUUAGAUCUGAAGUGAAACCACUACCUGAGUCUCAGUCAAACCAUAAUGUUACACCCUCCCUCUGGUCUGGGUUCCACCCUAAUAUCCAUGCCCCAUCCACAGAUGGACAGCGUUUCCCAAUGAACAUCAUGUUUUCUGAAGGUCACCAAUGUAAGUUGGUAGUUUUAGCAGAGAUGUCCUCAUGGUGCUUUUGGCUCAGGAGUGAAGUGUUUACUUACUGGCCUGGUUUCUCCUUGCAUGCAGAUGGUCAGACAAAACGGUGAGGUUAUUGCUUUUGUCAUGUGACCGAACUGUGUCUGAAUUUCCCUUGAAAAAAAAAAAAUCACCUGACCAA